ACGUGCGUAGCUUUUGACGAAGGUUACGUGGUGUAUGAUGAUAUUGGCGGAUACUUUGACUUGAGAAAAGUGGGAAACAACACGGGAAUCAUGAGUAAACAUAUGUACUCUACUGCGAACCUAUCUGACAAAGAAUUGAAAGAACAAGGGAACCGAUUGUUCAGCUUGAGACGUUUUGAAGAUGCUAUGAACUGCUACACUAAGGCUAUCAUAAAAAACCCGUCAGUAGCAACUUACUUCACAAAUCGGGCACUAUGUCACCUCAAGAUGAAGCGCUGGGAGGCAACAUGCCAAGAUUGCAGACGUGCUUUGGAUAUAGACGCAAAUCAAGUCAAGGGCCACUUUUUUUUGGGACAGGCUUUGGUGGAACUGGAGUGCUACGACGAAGCUAUAAAACAUCUUCACCGAGCCAACGACUUAGCCCGGGAACAGAAGUUGAACUUCGGUGACGAUAUAGCGGCCCAAAUUCGAAUUGCACGCAAGAAAAGAUGGAACGUGCAGGAGGAAAAACGGAUAGCGCAGGAAAUCGAACUUCAGAGUUAUUUGAAUAGGCUAGUAAGUGAAGACAUGCAGCGUAGAAUAGAAUCUAUUAAAUUAGAAAAUAAUAAUGAAGAGGAAGCUAGUGCAAAAAUAUCCAAAGUCGAAGAGGAAACUAAUAACUACACUAGUGAAUUAAAUAAUUUAUUUGCAAAAAUAGAUGAGAGAAGAAGAAAGCGUGAUGUACCCGACUAUCUGUGCGGAAAGAUCAGCUUCGAGAUCCUCAAUGAGCCCGUCAUCACGCCUAGUGGCAUUACAUAUGAGCGGAAGGAUAUCGAGGAGCAUCUAGAGCGAGUCGGCCACUUUGACCCGGUGACCCGCGUAAAGUUGACAGCAGACCAACUAAUUCCUAACUUCACAAUGAAGGAGGUAGUGGACGCGUUUCUCCAGGACAAUGAAUGGGCACUUGAUUACUAAUUUCAAUCGUUCCAGAACAUUUUGCUAGAAUGUUCGAGAACAUUCUGUUUCAUUGUUAUCCCACGACCACGGCUGACUCCAGGCCUUUUGCGACAGCGGUUCUGGUAGUAAUCAAGUGUCAAGGCACUUCCAUUGUUUUUUUGUCUUCCGUGUUCCCGAAAUAUUGGUUUGCUACAAAAAAUAUAAUAAAAUAUAAUAAAAUACUUUUCCUAUGUGUAAUAAUCGCGAAAACCUAAGAACUCAAUACCUAACGUAAAUGAUUGAAUUUUCUUUGGCUUUUACUGUCCGAAAUGCCAUCUUUGAUAACAAGAAAUAAUGAAAAAGGCGUAUUAUACACGUAAAGAUAAUCAAAUGUGUUAAUUUGGAAUCCAAUAAAUAAGGUCUUCCGGACUCAUGUAUGAAUCAAUGUUUGUUUUAAUAUGAAUAUUUAUUGAUUCCAAUGACUUACAGUAUGUGGAAAAUGUAUGUAUAUAAGGUAAGUAAGUAUUUAACUGGGUUUUAUUGCGCUCUGUACUUUAGUUUUGGCUACUGGUUAAAAGAUGUUUUAAUGAAGAGGUCCGCCUUUUUCUUUUGUUGCAAUUAAGAUGCGGAGUCACAUUGGAUGUUUGGGUAAGGAAAUGUCACUUUAAGUUGGUUCACCAUUAUUUCGCAUAAAACCAAUUAAUGUCGUAACUCUAAAUUGUGGAAUUGAAAAAAAUAUUAU